AUGGCGAACUAUCGAACUCCCAGGAAGAAGGCCGAAGGGGCUGAUCUGAUGGGCAAGAGCAAGUCCUUCGACGAUUUGCACGCAUCCACCGACGACGGUACAAGCUCGGGCGCCAACGUGUCCUCUGCAAGCUCCACGACCGGUUUGCAGGUCCCCCCUCGCGGAUCGUCAGUCAACUUCGCCGGUCGAAGCAAGAAAUCCCGAAUCAAGACUGAUAAGAAUCUCCGAGUAGCUCGCUCAUUUUCCCCAUCGAAAACAUCUCCCGCGGAAAAUCGCUACACCAAGCAGCGCAACCUAGAACACGUGCGCUACGCAAACUCGGAAAAUUCGGGCACUACAUCGUCCCAUGCUCAUGACGACGCCCAUGACCCCUUCGUAAACCCCGGCGAUAACGACAUCAGAAAGCGCACCUUCGAAAACGAGAACUCAGACGAAGGGAACCAGGUCGUUCGCUCCCGUGAGAAUAACCACGAAAUGCCGCCUGGUACUACACUGGACGCGCAGAUGAUCUACCGUCCUUCGGCUUGUGCCUUUGUAGCCAAUCUCAACCGCGAGGAAUCUGUCGACGUCCUCAGGGAAGAAGUUACCCGGGCCUUUACACGCUUCGGCACGGUCUUUGUCAAGAUCCGUCGUGAUCCCCACAAGGGCAACCCGUAUGCGUUCUGCCAAUUUACUACCGACGAAGCCAUGGAGACAGCUCUGUCCCGCGGCCGAGGUUUGUAUAUUUGCGACCGUCCCUGCCGCAUCGAGCGGGCCAACGCCAACUGCAAAUGGGUCGUCAUGGAUGCCCUGAAUUCGCGCAUCACUCCGCGCGACGCCACCGAGGUACGCGAUCUCAUGCGGAACUUUGGCGAGAUCUUCGAGGUCGAGCGCCUGUCAUCCCGUCAGAAGCGCCAACUAGGUGUGGUGGACGGGCUCCUCGUCAUCUUCAAGCGUUUUGAGAAGGGACGGGAUGUCAAGUCUCUCCAGGCUUCACUUGGAAAGCGAUACCAGAUCCAGCUCUAUGAGUCUCGCGCCGAUUCCUACACUCGCCGCGCACUGGAUCCCAUGGAACAGUAUGAACAGGACUCGCGCUCUGCUUGGGUCGGCAACUUGCCAGGAGGUGUCACCGAGCUCGAGCUCGAGAACGAGUUUGAAUGUUUCGGUCAAGUAUACCAGGUCGAUCUACGCCAGAAGAUUUGGUUUGACGAUGACGGCCGCCCGAUUCCCGGUCGAGAGGGCGCAUUCGCUUUCAUCGUGUUCUUGUCCCCUGAUGCAGUCGACCGCGCAAUCGAAGGAAUGGGCGACGUUCGAGAGGCCUUCCCUGCUCUCGCUGAGCGAGAUCACGAGGCUGGGCCCAAGGGAAAGACACCAAACCGUCCAGCCCGAGUGGAUUCUGCUCCCAAUGUUGCCUCUUCUGAGGAAUCGAGUGCACCUUCUGCGGCAGGCACUGCCAACCCAUGCGCCGAAGAAGUGGUCCAGGAGGCAGGCCACGAGUCCACGAGUUUGCCUGGUAGUUUCACCGGUCCUCCUGCGCUACAGCAAUACGGCAUCAUGUCCGGACAAGGUGGUUUCAUCCCACUGGAUCUCUACCAGCACCUCAUCAUGAGCGGUUGGCUACCACCUUAUCCCGGUCAGCCGCCACCUCAUCCUCCUCCUCAGUGA